AUGACCAGUAAAAUGACCGAUUCAGCCGAUACAACAUUUUUGGCUAAACUGUUUCCGGUCCGACUAUUACUUCUUCUUUCCGGCACCGCAACAUUAGGUCUAGUUAGUAGCUACGAGAAUUAUGAUAUCCUGGAUGGCGAUGUUAUUAAUCUUCCAAUUGGUAAAUUUCCGGAACCGGAAUGCAAAUAUCAUGUACGCUAUCGGGAUCGCAAUGGUUCCGAGCUAAAAAGGCAAGUUGAAAUUGGCGAGCCCGUUUACCAUCACUGGACGUGCAGCUAUGGUCAGCAGCAUACCAGCCUCUACUGUAUUUUAGUUAAUAACUGUACAGUUUCAAAUUCUCGACCACUG